AUGGAUCUUACAGUCUCUCUCAUCCCCGACCGUUCCUGCUGGGUGCGCCUCCCCCUCCACUUCCUCCACUCUCUCACCCUCUCCUCCUCCUCCGACGAACCCCCUCCCGCCCCUCUCCUCCUCGACCUUCGCCGAACCUCCCCUCCUCCCUCCUCCCAACCGUCGUCUCACGCAUCUUCCCACGCCUCUUCCCAAGCCUCUUCCCGAGCCUCUUCAUCCCGAGCCUCGGCCAAGCCGCUCUUCUUGGCUUGGGGCGGAGCCGCGGCAGCAGGUUCGGCGCUGGAGGUUCCGCGGGAGUUGGGGGAGUGUCUGGGGCUGGCGGAGGGGGAGGGGGUGCGCGUACGGGUGCGCCUGUGGGGGAGCAUUCCGCCCGCGGAGGCUGUCCACGUGGCACCUGCCACGUCAGACGACUGGGAGGUGCUGGAGCUGAAUCCGGCGCUUUUGGAGGAGACCAUUCUGCAGCAGGUGGGUUCCGGGGGAGGUGGGUUGCGGGGACAGUGGGAUUUGAGGAAGUGGGCGCGGUUGCAGCAGGGCAGUCCUUCCCCAUAUGGGCGCAGGGGCAAGCGCCCUUGCGCCUGUGCGCCCUCUCUGCGUCCCCCUCCCCCUUGGUGCGCCUUGUGCCCGGAUCCGAGCACAACAGCACGUCCCCCUCUCCUCCUCCUUCUCCACGUGCCAGCAUCAGCCCGCCACCCAAAACCCACCAAUCAGGGCUCAGCUUCCAGCCGCUCCAGCCAAUCACAGCGCUUCUCCUCGCGCACCUCCGUCCCUGUGCGGGUGCUGCCCUCCUGCCACGUGGCAGCAGGCCAUUUGAUGGUACCUCCGGCACUUUCCCUGUGCCUGGCAGUAGACUGGUUCUCAAAGGUGCUCCUCAAAGGGACUGUAGGCGCUUGGGGUGGUGGAGAGGGGUGGAACACGGUUGGGGCUGGUGAUGAUGGGUGGAAUGCGGUUGGGGGUGGUGGAGUGGAGACCCGGAACGGUGGAGGGGAGGGAGUGAGUGGGGGAAGAAGCAGAGGGAGUGCAGGGAAAGGGAGUGUGAGGGAACCCUCUCACACAUCUCCUCCCUCCACUGUCUCCUCCUGCCUCCUCAUCCCCCCUCCCCCCUCUCUCUUCCUCACCCCUCUGGUGCUCUCUGGUGCUGCGUCAGUGGGGGGUGCGGGGUCAAGGGGAGGAUCCCGGGGAGCAGGCGCAGGAGGGGGAGCGGGAGGGGGAGGGAGUGUUAUUGGUUUUCUUUAUCCAGGGAACGAGCAGCAGCAGAUUCAGCAGCUGGAUCGGCAGCAGCAGGCGCGGUUAGGAGCGGUUGGAGUGGGUGCUGCUGUUGAAGCAGCAGCAAGGCAUUGGAAGAGAGUAGCUGGGUGGAAGGGAAGAGAGGUGGGACAGACUGGAGAGAGAGAGACAGGUACUGGAAUGGGGGAGCGAGAGAGAAGGGAGCGAGAGGCGGAGGAGGGGACGGAGUCACGAGGGCGUUCUGAGGCGUCUCAAGAAAAGAAGGAUCCAGGGGUGAGGGCGCUGGCGUGUGUGUUGCUGCAAGGAGGGUUGGGUCAAGCAAAGAGGGGAGUGGGGCAAGCAAGGGGAGAGAUGGGAGUGCCUCUGGUAGAUGGUGCAGUGCUGAGACUGGUGUGGUGGGAUGGAGUCAAUUGGGGCGGAGUGGAUGGGGAUGGGUCUGCUGCAGAGGGAGGUGAGAGGGAGGGUGAGAGGGUGGAAGGUAGAGUGGAUUGUGAGGCGCCAGAAACAGCAGCGACGGCACCAUUACCAGCAAGAGCAGCAAGAGCAGCAGCAGGAGCAGCAGGAGCAGCAGCAGGAGCAGCAGGAGCAGCAGCAGGAGCAGCAGCAGGAGCAGCAGCAGGAGCAGCAGCAGGAGCAGCAGCAGGAGCAGCAGGAGCAGCAGCAGGAGCAGCAGCAGGAGCAGCAGCAGGAGCAGCAGGAGCAGCAGCAGGAGCAGCAGCAGGAGCAGCAGCAGGAGCAGCAAGGGACGCUCUCUUUCUUCUCACUUUUGGCUCACCACCUGGAGCACGCACUCGCUCCGCUGCUGCUGCUGCUGCUGCUGCUAGCGCAACUGCUUCCAAUACUGGUACUGGUUUAGGUAACUCGUCAUACGACACACACCGACAGCAGCAGCAGAUGGGGGCCUUGACUGCUUUGGCAGGGGCAGUGUUGGGAGGAAGCAUGGGGCUGGGAGGUGCGGGAGGGCAGGGGAUGAUGGGUGGGGGUGGAACCAUGGGGCCUGGCGGCAUGGCAGGAGGGAUGGGCCUUGGCAGCAGCAUGGCAGGAGGGAUGGGCCUUGGCAGCAGCAUGGCAGGAGGGAUGGGGCCUGGGAGCAGCAUGGGAGGAAUGGGAGGAAUGGGAGGAAUGGGUGGAAUGGGUGCAUAUGGGAGUGUGGCACCAGUAUCAGGCUCUAUAUCCCAUGGGUCCACACUGGAAUCUUCACAUACAUCUGCAGAUGGACCUUCUUCUGAAGCUUCCAAGACGCUUCCUGCCCUCCGGGCGGCUGCCAGCGAGGCGGUCGACAGCCUGGCGCUGCUGACUGCCGUCCAAUCGGAGCGCAGCACUGUCGCACUGGGAGCUCCCAUGGAGUGGGCUGUCCCCUUUACAAGCAGCCCCGGACUCGUUUGUAGCCCGGUGCAGGCCCAGUCAGCAGCAUCGCCUCAUCAUAACUCAGUCAUCUCUCCGGGUCACUCCUCUGAUAAUGUAUUUCCUGUGAUUUCUGCUCUACUGCCCCUGCCCGCACCCUCAGCACCACCGUUAAGCGCACCAGCACUGACAUCAGUAACAGCGUCAUCAUCAGCAUCAGCAGUACCAUUGAAAGCCAUUGCACCACCCCUUGAUCACCCCUUCUCCUUCACUCUUUCCUGGCUUCACCAACCAGCCUCCACUGCCCUCUCCCGCCUCCUCGCCUCUCUCUCCCUCCCCUUCCGCCUCACCCGUCGCUCCCUCCGCCUCCCUUCCCCAGGCUCCAUUCUCCUCCAUGGCCCCCCUGCCAGCGGCAAAACCUCCCUAGCUUCGGCCCUCGCCUGGCAGGUUCGGAACGACCGGACCUGCCUCGCGCACACGGAGUUUGUCAGCUGCUCCAGGCUCGGGUCCGACCCUGUGAAGGAGGUUCGGCGGGUGCUGGGGAGGGCGGUGGCGCGGGCCAAUGAGAGGGCGCCAGCUGUCGUCGUGUUGGACGAUCUGGAUGUGCUGGUUCCGGGGGCGAGUGGGGGGCCGGAGGAAGGGACAGGUGGCGGCGCGGGAUUAGUGGAGUUUAUUGCUGACCUGAUGGAUGAAUGCCAGGCCCACCAGUCCCCUAUAGCCUUCCUAGCAACAGCCCCCUCGCCAUCCGCCAUAGCGCCAUCUCUCCGUGCUGCAUGCCGCUUUGACACCCCUGUGGAGCUACCCGCCAUGGGGGAGGGCGAGAGGGCAGCACUGCUCAGACGGAUCCUUCUGGAGAGGGGGAUUGGGUGGCAGGGAGGGGAUGCUCUGCUCCAAUCAGUGGCCGCCAGGUGUCAGGGCUGCGACGCGUCGGAUCUUGAGGUGCUGGUCGAUCGUGCGGCUCACGCGAGGCGAGGGCAUGUGAUGUUCGAAGCAGGGAGAAGGGGAAAGGGUGGGGAUGCGGGUGGGGGUGGGGAUGGGUUUGGGGAAGGUGAGAGUGAGGGCGGAGGGGGAGGAGAGAAGAAAGGGGGAGGAGAGAAGAAAGGGGGAGGAGUUAGCAGAGGCAGAGUGGCCAUGAUGGUGCCUGGAACGGGCAGAGGAGAGCAGCGGCCGCCACAGGAGCAGGUGGAGCAGGAGCAGCAGGAGCAGGAGGAGCAGGAGGAGCAGCAGGAGCAGCAGGAGCAACAAGAGCAGUCGAUACAGCAGGGGCAACACAGGGAGAAGAUGCAGCAGGAGGUGCAAGAGCAGUCAAUACAGCAAGUACACCAGCAGCAACACGCGCUCCUUCUCUCCGAGCCAGACUUCUCCUCCGCCCUCCAGGGCUUCGUCCCAGCAGCCGUGCGCGGCGUCGCCAAGCUCUCCGCCUCCUCCGACCCCUCCUCCUCUUCAUCCUCUUCCGCCUCCCCCCAGCUAGGCUGGGACGACGUGGGAGGAAUGGCCGACGCCCAAACAGCCCUGCGAGAAGUCUUAGAGCUCCCAGCCCAGCACUCCCAUAUCUUUGCCUCAGCUCCUCUCCGCCUUCGCACUGGCGUGCUCCUUUUCGGCCCUCCCGGGUGUGGGAAAACGCACAUUGUCGGCGCUGCUGCUGUUGCGUGUGGGAUUCGGUGUGUCUCGGUGAAAGGCCCGGAGCUCCUGAAUAAGUACAUCGGAGCUUCGGAGCAGGCGGUUCGGGACGUGUUCUCCCGAGCCUCCCGCGCCGCUCCGUGCAUUCUGUUUUUCGACGAGUUUGACGCGAUUGCGCCGCGAAGAGGGCAUGAUAGCACGGGGGUGACCGACAGAGUAGUGAAUCAGCUAUUAACGGAGCUAGAUGGUGUGGAGGGGUUAGAAGGGGUUUUUGUGGUGGCCGCUACGAGCCGUCCAGAUCUGAUCGAUCCGGCUCUGCUGCGUCCUGGACGGUUGGAUCGGCUCGUGCUCUGCGAUUUCCCCGGGGAGGAGGAUCGGCUGUCGAUUCUGCGCGCGCUUUCCAGGACGCUUCCUCUGGGUGCUGACGUGGACCUUGCUGAGCUGGCACGGCGCACGGAGGGGUUCAGCGGCGCGGAUCUUCAGGCCUUGCUGGCAGAUGCACAGCUGGCAGCGGUGCAUGCUGUGCUGGAUGAGAGUGAGAGGGUGGGAGGAGGGGAGGGUGAAGGGGGGGGAGAAGGGAAGAGUGAGAAAGUGGAAAGAGGGAAGGAGGGAGCUGGGGAGGAGACGAGAAAUGGAGAUGGAGGGGACGAGAAGGCAGAGGUGGAAGCAGAAGCAGGGAGGCAGGCAUCAGGGACAGGAGGGGCAGCAGACGAGGCAGCAGGAAUCGAGGACCAAAAGAAGCAGCAUAGAGGGAAGGCAGGAGCAGCGAGGAAGGGCAGAAAGGGCAGGAAGGGGCAGAAAGCGGAGGGAGUGGUGGAGGUAGGGAGGCCGGUACUGGGGAGGGUGCAUCUGGAGCAGGCUGUGGGGAGCGUGCGGCCAUCCGUGUCAGCAGCAGAGAGGCAGCGACUGUCGGAUAUCUACGAUGAGAUGAUGGGGGCCAGGAAGGGGAGCAGUGCUGCUGCCAUGGCGGAGAGGAAAGGGAAAAGAGCCACACUAGCUUAG